AAUAUUUGUAACACCGGGGCAAGGCAUUGUGAUGAGGAGCUGGCAACGGGCGCGUUUAAGGAGUUGGCUGGGAGGGGGAUCAAGAUGACGGGGUUGCAUUAUGAGGCGUUGGUGGAUUGCUAUGCUGAUCAGGGGAAGUUGGAGGAGGCGUUGGAGGUGGCGAGCAUCAAGGCCGAGUCGUACCCCGGGUUGAAGGAGGAGUCGAGGAGUAUACUGAGGUUGUUGGUGAGGGAGCCGGAGAUGGCGAAUAGGGUGUUUGAAAUUUUGGGAGAGUUGAAGGAGAAGGGGAGGAAGGUGCCAGCUUCGGGGCCGGUGGCGCUGUUGGAGUUUGUGGGCUUGCAGGGGGAUAUGGGGGCGUUGGUGGACGCGCUUGAGAGGGUGCAGCCGCUUAUGGAGGGGAGUGAUUGGGGGCUGGGAUACCUGUGUAGACAGGCCAAGACGGCGGAGGAUUGGAACCUGAUUGCUCGGGCCUAUCCGCGGAUCGGCCCAACGAUGACGGUGGGGAAGCCGUUGGUGGCCCUUAAUGAUACGGUGCGCAAUCUUGCGGCUGACAGGGAAGGGGACCUUGACCUGGCGUUUGCGCGGUUGUGGGAUAUGGGGGAGCAUUUGGUCCAAAGAGUCGCCAAGUACCCCACGGACGACACGCUGAUGGCGUUGCUGGAUCGGUGCUACUGGGAGAAGGAUUCCAGAAUUUGGGCCGUCAUUGACUUGGCUAGGGAGAAGGGGAUCCAGGUGGAUGAGACCGACAUGAAGAAGUUGAGCACAAUUCCGAAGCCGGAGAGGUUUUUGUUACUAGCACCCGCAGGCAAGUCUUAG